GUCAUUGUAAUUCACUCACAUUGUAUAAUCAGUGUAAUGAAUACUGGCCUCUGCCUCGUUAUUGAGAGCGCUGUAGCAGUAAACCAUUAUUAUUUCAGCAUUCAUAGCUCAGCAUUUUGACUAACACAGUUUUUAUUACACAAAGAGUAAAGUAAAAAAACGAUAUAUUUGCCUCAAAUGUCAAUGUAAUUUAAUUUUAUUGCUGCAUUUGAGUUGUGUUUAUUUUUAGUCAUAGCCACAGACAGGGAGUCGCAGGGUAUUUAACUGACAUACAUUCCUGUGCAGAGACACUGAGAGACCGAAUUGGCUUCGUUUAAAUUUACGUUACUGUUGCUGUGAAAAUAUUUUAAAAGAAAAGGGAGAUGACGAGCAUUAAGUUAGCUUAGCACAACCGCACACUACUGUGUAAAACACUGUCGAUGGUCGUUACGUUUGUUGUCCUUUUUCGCCAGUCAGUUUCAUGUGUUUAAAAGGUGACUAACAGGACACUUUCAUAGCAGACGUUUUGACAGCUUGACACAGCUACCUAAACUUGUGGGUCGAGGACCAUUGGAGUGCUUUGGAGGAGAGUUCUAAUGGGCCUGUGAAGAAGUCAAUGCGAGAGAAAGCCAUAGAAAGACGUACCAUCAAUAAGGAACACAACAGUAACUUUAAAGCUGGCUAUGUGCCCAUAGAAGAGGAGCGUCUUCAUAAGACAGGUCUGAGGGGACGUAAGGGAAACAUGGCUGUGUGCAUCAUUGUCCUCCUCUUCCUUCUCGCCUUAAUUAACCUCAUUAUUACACUAGUAAUAUGGACAGUGAUUCGUAUUGGUCCCAAUGGCUGUGACAGUAUGGAGUUUCAUGACAGUGGCCUGCUGCGUUUCAAACAGAAGGCUGACAUGGGCAUUGUUCACCCACUGCACAAAAGCACCAUCGGCGGGCGUAAGGACCAGGACCUGGUCAUUGUAGGAAACAAUAAUCCAGUUGUGUUUCAGCAGGGAACAACUAAACUGAGUGUUGAAAAGGACAAAACAUCAGUUGUCAGUGAUCUUGGCAUUUCCUUCACAGACCCACGAACACAGAACACAUUCUUCAGCACAGACUUUGAAAACCAUGAGUUCCUGUUGCCAAAAGGAGUCAAAGUUCUCAGCGUUAAGAAGGCGUCUACAGAAAGGAUCACCAGCAGUGCCGCUUCUGACUUAACCAUCAAAGGCGACAGCAAGGCUGUUAUUCGUGGUAACGAGGGGGUCAACAUUAUGGGCCGGACUGUGGAGUUCAAGGUGGGAGGAGGGAUCGAACUGAGAGCUGAGAACAGUAUCAUCCUCAACGGAUCAGUCAUGUUCAACGCCACACGUAUCCCCAACUCAGCUGGGGACGUGUAUUUUGACGAGGGUAUGGAGAGGUACAAGCUGUGCAUGUGUGCAGAUGGGACUCUCUUCCGUGUGCAGGUGAAGUAUCCCAACAUGGGCUGCCAAACGUCAGAUAACCCAUGUAAAAAAUCUUUAUAAAAGACUGGCCUGGGAACACACCACUGACUUCAAAUCACAAAAUUGCCAAACAGAACUUGACUAACAUCCAACAAUGCUUUGACAUAUCAAUGCCUUUGUAGCCACUUGAUAAAAUCAAUUACUUUUUCAAUGCAAAUCUGGAAAUUUAAAACAGAUCUUUACCACUUGGCCAAAGAUAUAAGCAGUCAAUUUGUGUUUUUUAUUGAUAUUUGCUGACUUUAUUUAACUUUGUUUUGCUGUGUAUGUGUUUUCUGUAAUUAAUGAUACAGAGAUUAGGUGCAGUUAAAUGUUGUUAAUUACUUUUUUUGCCGUGCCACCUAGUAUUACUGUUCAAACACUACAAUGCCCUUUUCUAGUAGGGUUGUACUGAUACCGUUUUUUGACACCCCUGCUCUAAGGCUAAUGCAGAACACAAAAUAUUGUCCAUUUUUGCACAUGCCAACACUUUAUAGGGGAUAAAACAUGAGCUGUACUUGUACAAUAUUUUAAGGUUUAUUGCAAAUACGGCUUUGGGGUGUUUACAUUAAGUUUAACUACAGAAUAAUGCAUUGAUGUUUAUAAUUACAAAUUAAAUGAGGCCUACAAAGAGUUGUUUAGACUUGCAAUAUACUAUACGAGCUCUCUGUUUUGUAACAGUACUGAUGUGGAGAACAUUUGUUCUAAGGUAAAAGAGAGAAAAUCUAUCUUUUGUCAAACAUUUCACUGCUUUGUUUGUUUCAAUAAAAAAACAAAAUGUUCUUA